UCGACUCCCUGAGAGGUGUGAGGUUGCAGCCGAGACCCUGGCGACGAUGCCGGGGUCCUAAUAGGGUGGGGGGUGGGGAUUGAAGGCCAGCUUCGACCGAUUCCCUCCCCCCCUCCCCUCCACCGGGGUGGAUCUGGAGGUUUGGGGGGUGGUCCGGGACUCAGGGCAGGGGUCGUCCCCAGGAGAAGGCGCCGGCCGGCAGCCCCCACCCCCUUUCUAGGACACCCGCUCUCGAGGCCCGGGGGAGAGACCCCGGAGGGGGUGGGGGCUUCAGCCACGAGCCCCCCGCCCCCAGGGAGAGCCACAGUGAAGAGGCGUCCAGGGGUGACCUCAAUGGGCUGGAUCUGACGCCGCCGCCAAAGGAACCGAGACCGGGAGGCCCACGGGGCCCCCCUGGAGCUCGGAGGCGAGACCGGCCCCGAAGGCGGAGCACCCGGGACCCCCAGCAGGUCCUCCCCACACCCCGGGGGGAGAUGAGAGGCUCCUGGUGAAGCGCGGGGUGGCUGCAGCCCCCGGGGCCCCAGGGGCACCAUGACCCGGUUCGGGUGCUGGCUGGUCCUGGCGGCGUUCCCCUGGGCCCUGUCCGCCUACGGGCCGGACCAACGCGCACAGAAGAAGGGAGACAUCAUCCUGGGCGGCCUCUUCCCCAUCCACUUCGGCGUGGCCGCCAAGGACCAGGAUCUAAAGUCGCGGCCUGAGUCGGUGGAAUGUAUCAGAUAUAACUUCCGGGGGUUCCGCUGGCUGCAGGCCAUGAUCUUCGCCAUCGAGGAGAUCAACAGCAGCCCGGCCCUGCUGCCCAACAUGACCCUGGGCUACCGCAUUUUCGACACGUGCAACACCGUGUCCAAGGCUCUGGAGGCCACGCUGAGCUUCGUGGCACAGAACAAGAUCGACUCGCUCAACCUGGACGAGUUCUGCAACUGCUCUGAGCACAUCCCCUCCACCAUCGCCGUGGUGGGGGCCACGGGUUCAGGGAUCUCCACCGCCGUGGCCAAUCUGCUGGGCCUCUUCUACAUCCCUCAGGUGAGCUACGCCUCCUCCAGCAGGCUCCUGAGCAACAAGAACCAGUUCAAGUCUUUCCUGCGCACCAUCCCCAACGACGAGCACCAGGCCACCGCCAUGGCCGACAUCAUCGAGCACUUCCGCUGGAACUGGGUGGGCACCAUCGCGGCCGACGACGACUACGGCCGCCCGGGCAUCGAGAAGUUCCGCGAGGAGGCCGAGGAGCGGGACAUCUGCAUCGACUUCAGCGAGCUCAUCUCCCAGUACUCGGACGAGGUCGAGAUCCAGCAGGCCGUGGAGGUCAUCCAGAACUCCACGGCCAAGGUCAUCGUGGUCUUCUCCAGCGGCCCCGACCUGGAGCCGCUCAUCAAAGAGAUCGUCCGGCGCAACAUCACCGGCCGCAUCUGGCUGGCCAGCGAGGCCUGGGCCAGCUCGUCCCUCAUCGCCAUGCCCGAGUUCUUCCACGUCAUCGGCGGCACCAUCGGCUUCGCCCUCAAGGCCGGCCAGAUCCCCGGCUUCCGCCAGUUCCUGCAGAAGGUCCAUCCCCGCAGGUCGCCCCACAACGGCUUCACCAGGGAAUUCUGGGAGGAGACCUUCAACUGUCACCUCCCCGAGGGCCCGAAGGGACCCGCGGCCCCGGACCCCUUCCUCAAGGUCCGAGAGGCCGGCGGCGCCGGGCCGGGUAACGGCUCCGCCUCGUUCCGCCCGCCGUGCACGGGCCGUGAAAACCUCACCGGCGUGGAGACCCCGUACCUGGACUACACUCACCUGCGCAUCUCCUACAACGUCUACCUGGCCGUCUACUCCAUCGCCCACGCCCUGCAGAACAUCUUCACCUGCACCCCCGGGCACGGGCUCUUCACCAACGGCUCCUGCGCAGACAUCAAGAAGGUGGAGGCGUGGCAGGUGUUAAAACACCUGCGGCACCUGAACUUCACCAGCAACAUGGGCGAGCAGGUGGACUUCGACGAGUUCGGAGACCUGGUGGGGAACUACUCUAUCAUCAACUGGCAUCUGUCCCCGCUGGACGGCUCCAUCGAGUUCGAGGAGGUCGGCUACUACAACGUGUACGCCCGCAAGGGGGAACGACUCUUCGUCAACGAGAACAAAAUCCUGUGGAGCGGCUUCUCCCGGGAGGUGCCGUUCUCCAACUGCAGCCGGGACUGCCUGGCGGGCACCCGGAAAGGGAUCAUCGAGGGUGAGCCCACCUGCUGCUUCGAGUGCGUGGAGUGCCCGGAUGGCGAGUACAGCGGGGAAACCGACGCGAGCGCCUGCGACAAGUGCCCCGACGACUCCUGGUCCAACGCCAACCACACCUCGUGCGUCGCCAAGCAGAUCGAGUUCCUGUCCUGGACCGAGCCCUUCGGGAUCGCCCUGACCCUCUUCGCCGUGCUGGGCAUCUUCCUGACGUCCUUCGUGCUGGGCGUCUUCCUCAAAUUCCGCAACACGCCCAUCGUCAAGGCCACCAACCGCGAGCUGUCCUACCUCCUGCUCUUCUCCCUGCUCUGCUGCUUCUCCAGCUCCCUGUUCUUCAUCGGCGAGCCGCGGGACUGGACCUGCCGGCUGAGGCAGCCGGCCUUCGGCACCAGCUUCGUGCUCUGCGUGUCCUGCAUCCUGGUGAAGACCAACCGGGUGCUGCUGGCCUUCGAGGCCAAGAUCCCCACGGGCCUGCACCGCAAGUGGUGGGGCCUGAAUCUGCAGUUCCUCCUGGUCUUCCUGUGCACCCUGGUCCAGGUGGUCAUCUGCGCCAUCUGGCUGUACACCGCGCCCCCGUCCAGCUACCGCAACCACGAGCUCGAGGACGAGAUCAUCUUCAUCACCUGCCACGAGGGCUCCCUCAUGGCGCUGGGCUUCCUGAUCGGCUACACCUGCCUGCUGGCGGCCGUCUGCUUCUUCUUCGCCUUCAAGUCGCGGAAGCUGCCCGAGAACUUCAACGAGGCCAAGUUCAUCACGUUCAGCAUGCUCAUCUUCUUCAUCGUCUGGAUCUCCUUCAUCCCCGCCUACGCCAGCACCUACGGCAAGUUCGUGUCGGCCGUGGAGGUCAUCGCCAUCCUGGCGGCCAGCUUCGGCCUGCUGGCCUGCAUCUUCUUCAACAAGGUCUACAUCAUCCUCUUCAAGCCGGCCCGCAACACCAUCGAAGAGGUGCGCUGCAGCACGGCCGCCCACGCCUUCAAGGUGGCCGCCCGGGCCACCCUGCGCCGCAGCAACCUGUCCCGCCGGCGGGCCGGCAGCCUGGGCGGCUCCUCGGGCUCCACGCCCUCCUCCUCCAUCAGCACCAAGAGCAACGCCGAGGAGGCCGCCGGGCGUCCCGAGCCGUGGCAGCGCCAGGGGGUCCCGCCCCCGCCGGGGUCGCAGGGGUCGCAGGGGCCGCCGGCCCCGCAGCGGGGGACGCCGCCGCCCCCGCCGCCCCGCUCCAAGCAGAAGGUCAUCUUCGGCAGCGGGACGGUCACCUUCUCGCUGAGCUUCGACGAGCCGCGGAAGGACGCGGGCGCCCACCGGCACGGCCGCCGGCGCCACUCCCUGGAGCCGCAGGACAGCGGCGGCGGCGGCGACGGACCCGUCCGCCCCCGGGCCCUGCUCCCGCUGCGGGACGGCAACCCUGGCUCGGACCCCGGCUCUGACCCCGGCAGCCGGGAGGCUUGCUUGCCCGAGUCGGGGGGCGAGGAGCCUCGGGAUCCUGAGGAGGGGCCCCCGGCCCUGCUCGUGCCCAACGCCCGCAGCUUCGUCAUCAGCGGGGCGGGGGGCGCCGUCUCCGAAGGCACGCUGCCCCCCUAAGGCGGCGGCGACGGGCUCGAACCCCCACCCCAUCCCCGGAGAGGGACCCCCCCCCGCCCCAAAGCGAGCUCGGACGGGGAGGCUGGCGCCAGAUCCACCCGUCUCCCCUUAGGGCGAGGGGGCAGGGGAGGCGCAGGGUGUUAGCAGACCCCCGGCUGGGUUUCCAGUGAAGCGGCCUCGUUUCCCGACCGGGGGAGAGCGGAUGGACCCUCGCCAAUACGUUCCCGCCACCCAUUUCUGGGCCUGGUCCUGCCCGCCCAGAGCUCGGACCCCAGAGGGACCUCAGCCCCCAGUCCCCUCCCCAAUCUCUGCUUCGACCCCACCCCGGGCGAAGGCUGCCCCCUUUCUCCCUCGGCCCCCACCCCACCGUGUGACCCUGCAGUGCUCAGGCCUUGGGCCUCCGCGGGAGCAGAGCUCAGCCCCACGUGGAAGGAGCCUCGCUACCCAUCAGGAGACCGGACUGGGCCUUCCCGCCUUUUUAUGAAUCCCGAGGAUGGGCUGGCUGGGGCAGGGCGAGGGCCCAGAAUGACCCCGGGGCUUUGGAAGCCAAGGCGGCUGCCCACUCUGGCCCCCGGGGGGGCUCCUGCCCCGGGAUAAAUGGAAGUAUGGCAGUUCCCCCCCAAGGUGAACUGAACCCGCCGCUGAAUCGGCCCCAAGAAGAAGCGGGUGGGAGCGGCGACGUCCGGCCGCGAUUCCCCCGGAGAGAGCUAAGGGAACCAGGGCCUCCUGGCACGACCUUGUUGGGGGUGGGUGGGCUGGGCGCAUAGGGUGAGGGGGGGUGCGCAGCCCAACAAGCUCCCGUGCCGAGGCUCUGGAGCCCCUGACUAAGCUGUGGACCCAGGAGGCCUCAAAGCCAGCCCCUGGCCUCGAUGGGGUCUGACAGGGGACCCUCCCUCUCCCCCGCCACUACUCCUGCCCCAGGCAAAGAUGUCAGCAGGGCCAGGGGGAGUAUAAGGGACGAGGGGGAGAACACGGAGAGCACCUGAACCGGCAGGUAACUUAGAGCCGGGUCUCCCGGCAGCUCUGCCGGACUUCGGACUGAAGGCUUCCCCACCUGCCGAGGAUGAGGCAAGAAGGACACACUCUUGAGGGUGUAGGUGGGAGGUUUGGGGAGAGACCUCCUCUGAGGGCUGUGGGGGUGGGCGUAGGGGCCGGUCCUCUGGGAACUAUCUGAGGAAGGAGGAGUGUUCAGCCAGAGUGCACUUGGCUCCCACUGCACACACCCACAUAGAGCACAACGGGGCAGAAAGAGCAGCGAGGCUCUGGAGGGAUUAUAUUUGAGCCCGGCGAGGGCCGGGGGGCUGUUACGGACGAUCCUUGAGGUCAAAUCUGUCGUACCGAACUGUCCCAAGCACUUAGUACAGCGUUGUAUACGCCGUAAGCGUUCAAUAAAUAUCACGGAUGGACGGUCACGACAGGGACCACAUGAGGAUCCAGCUAAGCACGGACAGGGGUGAGGGUCCCCGUCUCGGGGGGAUCGGGUGCGAUGCGGGGAAGGGAGGCCUCGUCUCCACUCUCGGUCCAGUCUAGUCCGCGGCGAGAGGGGUCCGUUCGUCCUGCAGGGUCACCUUGCCCCCAUCCUUCUGCAAGCAUGAAAAACGCCUCUUCCCCCAGAGUCCCUCCCCACUCCCGCAGUCCUGCCCUGCUCCUCGUUCCGUGUUUCGCUCCGUGUUUGGUCUCAGCGCGAGUGGGUGUUUUGUAAUCCGUGGUGUCCAGACAAUAAACUCCUACAGACUGCUGUGGUC